CAAGGGACAUCACUCCACUUGUCCUUUUCUACUUCCUUUUCCUUUAUAGCUUUCCGAGACUCCGGAUCAUUAAGGAUAUCCGUUUCAAUCAUGUCUGACGCGGAAGGAGAUGAUGUCCAGAGCGCUGGAGCUGUUGCUGCCUCUAUGGACAUUUAUGAGGCGCUGCAAGAAGUCCUCAAGACUGCCCUCAUCCACGAUGGUCUGUGCAGAGGUGUGAAGGAGGCUACCAAAGCCCUCGACAGACGCCAGGCUCACUUGUGCAUCUUGGCCAACAGUGUUGAUGAACCCUUGUUCACAAAGCUGAUCGAAGCUCUUUGUGCUGAGCAUGGCAUUAGUCUCCUGAAGGUUGAUGAUGCGAAGAAGCUUGGAGAAUGGUCGGGCCUCUGCAAACUGGACAAAGAUGGCAAGGCAAGAAAAGUCAACGCUUGUGGAGUCGUCGUCGUAAGAGACUAUGGCAAGGAAUCACAAGCGCUUGACGUCGUUAGAGAAUACCUGAAGACCAAGUAAUGGUGACAAAAAUUAAGAAAAAAAAUGAAUAAAUAAUGAGGAUUCUUGCAUCGCCUCAAAAACAAA